UCUACACUUUGAUAUCUCUGGCAAACUCAACCAUACACACAAUACCACUCACUUAAACUACAAAGUUAAACCUCUCAACCAUAUUCACAAAGUUUCAUCCAAAGAAAUCAAUAUGGCCAGACAUCUUGCAUCUGUUAUCGCCAAGCAAAUUCUCCGCAGAUCUACAAAUAAAACUUACUCAACAUCUUCGAACGUGCCAAAAGGUUUCCUAGCAGUUUACAUUGGAGAGACGGAGAAAAAGAGAUUUGUAGUUCCGGUUUCCUAUCUUAACGAGCCUGCAUUUCAAGAUUUGCUUAGCAAAGCAGAAGAGCAGUUUGGUUUUUAUCAUCCAAUGAGCGGCUUGACAAUCCCUUGCGGAGAAGAUACUUUUAUUAAUAUCACUUCGAGCUUGAGUAGAUAGUAAAUUAACAUUGAGAUACCGAAUUAAUGUAGUUAUUGGAGUUAUUCUAGCCUCC